UUUGUUUUAGCUUAUUAUAUUAUUGCCUUAUAGAUAUCAAAUGGCUGUUUUUUCAAGAAAUGUGUUUUCUUCUUCUUCAGUAGUAGUAGUAGUUGUUCUUUUGAACUUGUUCUUCUUGAGCUUCACUGAAGCAAGAGAUCAUUUGGUUGGUGGAAAAACUGAUUCUUGGAAAAUCCCAUCAUCAGAAUCAGAUUCCCUCAAUCGUUGGGCUGAAAAAUUGCGAUUCCUUGUUGGAGAUUCUCUUGUGUGGAAGUAUGAUGGGAAAAAAGACUCUGUUUUGGAAGUGAGCAAGAGGGACUAUGUGACAUGUAACACAUCAAGUCCAAUAGCAGUGCACAAUGAUGGGGACACAAAGAUAGUGUUGGAACAUUCAGGGGCAUACUAUUUCAUAAGUGGAGCAAAAGGGCAUUGUGGGCAAGGACAAAAGUUGAUUGUGGUGACAUUGUCUGAGAAGAACAUGAGGAGAUUCGCGGAUGCACCAGCACCGUCUCCAGUAGAAUUUGAUGGUCCUGCUAUAGCUCCUUCUAGCAAUGCUGCUAGUUUGAAGGCUAGUUUGGUUGUGGCUUUUGGGGUUUUAGUGGGGUUUUGGCUUUGAAGUGAUGAGAAAGUUUUUGUUGUUAGAGAGAGAAAUGUUGAGAGGGUGAAAAGGAGGAAUAUUCUUUGAUUCAAUUUGUUCUUUACCAUUUUCAUUCCAUCUAAUUUAAGCCUUGUUCUUCUAUGGUUA